AUGAGUUUGCGACGGGGAAAGUGGCCGAUUGUGAGGCCUGAAUCCGGCCACCAGAACAAGAUUAUGCUGAAGGAUGUGAAAAGCGAUCAGACGAACAACUUCUGCAAUCAGAACCUGUGGACAUUCAGAAGGGAAAGACUGACGAAAGUGAAACAGAACCGAACAACUCGAGGAGUUGCCGACCAAAUUGUGAGACUGGCCUCUUCACCAGCAACGUCUUCUGAGUCGUUCGUCUGUCUUUUCGAUGAAGAAGAUCGAAUUCCAUCCCGAGGUGAUCUGCGGUUCAGGAUGCUGGGAGGGAAUAUUCAAAGGCUGGCUCUCGUUCCUCUUUCUCACGAGACUCAAGGGAUUUCGGACUUGGGACUGCUCGUCCACAUUUCGGUCCAUCCAUUCUGA